GCCCGGGCCUUGCUUGCAAGACUGUAUUCUCUGCUGUCAAAUUCUCAGCUUUUAGGCAAUUUUAUAUUCUUGUAUUGCAAAAAUAUAUGCUUUAACACUGUCGUGCAUAGAUCGUGAGCUUUAUUUUCACUUUAGUGACAUAUUCUUGGGGUGAAAAUCGCAGUGAGGUGGUGAAGAAAUUCGCAAGUAGCUAGUCUUUCUUUCGAUACAGCGGUUUUUGUGUAUUCUCAGGACAGUUUAUGGUAAAAAACGAGCAAGUUGUAUGAAAAAUCGGCGAUCAGGUUGAAAUAUGUGGUAGAUUCGAGUGUUACGAGACAGUGCAUCGAUUUCAAGUGCUUUUUAACAAGUAUUAUGGAGAGGAGGGAAUAUAAAUUGGACAAUGGAAUUCCAACCAUUUUGAUGAAAGCAGGUUAACUAGGAGAACGAGCCUAAAAUGUAACCGGUGGCAGCGGUCAACAGUAUGGACGUUCCAUGGACUUCCCUUGUCAUUCAAUUUAUUUUACUUUUGUUCGUGCUACAGUUUACGUCUACGUUUAAACAGACAGGAACAUGCUACUUUCCCGAAAGAUGGGAGGGCACGUGGUUCCAGUCUGGAGUAAGACAAUCUAUAUUGAUUGAAGGACCAAGACUGAGUAGCAAAGGAAGAUGUGUAGGUUCAGAGGGAGACAAAUUUUUGAUACUGGAUGAGAAAAAGACUUGUUAUCGAUGUGUAGUUAUUCAUGAAAAGCACAUAAACGUUCUGCAAUACAAAGAAACUUACUGUCACAGUCGUGAAGUACUUCCAACUCUCUGUGGCCUAAUCACUGGCGAUGCCCUCUUGUACUCGAUGUUCAGGGAGAACGCAGUACCAAUUCCCUGUCCAUUCAGAGGUCCCUUUACAUUUACCUACAAUAGAGGCCAUGGCGAGUGCAGGUAUCCAGUCUCCAGUAUCGACACCUGCAUAGAGGAAAGCAAACUGCUUUUGAGCUACCAAGCCUGUCCUGAUGUUCAUGGAUCAGAAAGUGCAAUUGAAGAAUUGCAAUGCUUGGCCUUAUGGAAAGAGGGCAGCUCCAGAUAUUUAGUAGGAAAGAUAUAUCAUAGUCACGUAACUUCCAAUGAAGACCGAUACCGAUGUUUCGUCUACGAAAAGGCCAGCGCUGCUUCAGAAGCUCUGGAUGGGGUUGAUUACAGAGUUGCUCAAAGCGGGGAUGCUACUUGUAAUGGUCUGUUUAGUGCUACAGAAGGUAGCCGGACCAUGACACUAAAGAAAGCUCUUCCUCUGAACAAAUGCCGCUUCCCUUAUUGGAUAGCAAAUUCGAAUCAUUGGCACACAUUAGAUUAUUCGUCCACGUACAGUUUCCACCACAAGAAUUCCACGCUGCGUAUCACCAAUUCGACUGGCAUAGACAUGAAAGUAAUAUGCGUGCAGCUCAAACAGGCAACCAGAGAUGAAAGUGCAGUGGUUUUAAUUACGCAUUUCACUAUGGGCUGCCAAAAUGGAUACAUUUGUAUCGCGUUUUAUCGCAGAGAUGUCCACGUAAUGGAAAUGCAAAUGGGCACGCAGACGAAUCGUAGAGAAGACGCCUGCAAUCCUGGUUUCUUCGAUAAAAGCACAUUGCCUUUUGUUACUCUUGUUACUACAACUGGAGAAACUCAGCAUUGUCCGUUUAUGGGAAAGUUCGAGGUGAACAAUCUCAUACAGAACAAGCAAGAAACUUCUCUCAAUAAAUAUUCUCAGAGAGAGGAACCCAAAUACUUUGACUCGAAUUUCUACUUCCGGAAAGAGAGGCGGUCGAUAUAUUUUGAAGAAUUAGAGUACACGAGGAGGCGGGUGAAACGCGUCGACGAAGACUUUGACUGUGAUAGCAAUGGGGUUUCCACCCUAAAUAUUGGUUGCGUUAGUUAUGAUACUAUGGAGUUUACUAUGGAUUGCACAGCGCCCAAUUUAAUCACUUCUUAUUCUUGCCACGGCAGAUGGGAAGAAAACGGAACAAACUUUUUGAUCACCUCGCCAGUAGGUAACUCGGCCUUCGGUGUUCGAAAAUUUUGUUUUAUGUACAAAGAAGUUAUAUCAGGAGUAAUGUUUUCCACGUCGGCUGAAAGCUGCAACCGGUUAAUCAAACCGGGAAUUACUGGUGAAUUAAUAUUUAAUAUUAGUAGCACAGGAAAAUGUUUUGACACUGACGCUUCAAUUAGGACCCAACCAAUAAACGCUUGGCUUAUAUCUUCUAUCGUCUUCUCUUCUAUAGUAUGGGCAAUACAAACGUCAAGAUGAUCAAUAGAAAUGUUAAGUGUUACAUAUUUGUGAGACUGUUAAGGGAAAAAUCGGUUGUGCGUGUAUUCUAAGGAAAUUUGAUAGUACGUUUUAAGAAUAUUUAUUUUUAUGUUAAAAAAUAAUAAAUUCUGACAAAACGAAUGAAUCUUUAUUAACUCAUUCGCUGCCGUUUACGUGCCAGCGGGUGAUUUGGUUACUUCAGUCAGGUGCCGUUCAACAGAAUGGCUCCUAGCCAAGUUCCAUCCUCUUCGACAGGCAGCGAAUGGGUUAACAUGAAAUAGUUAUUACUGGUAAAAAUAAAUUUAAACGUUUAAACGGAGUUUUGGUUCUUAAACAAGGACAUUAAGCUAAAAUUGCGUUUAUUUAAAUUUUAUCAGAAGAUUGUGUUUUUAAGAACAUGCAUAAUCAAAAUGUUUGUGUUUAUUUGGUAAUUGCAUUGUUUAUUUUUGUUGGAUUUGUGUUGUUUUUAAAAAGAUCGUUAAUAUGCGUAAAUAUAAUAUUUUGACUCUUGCUAUUUUUCUAUUUGGGUAUAUCCGUUUUGCGCAGAUAUUAUUUUAAAAAAGUGGCGAGCAACAUUGCACAGAAAACCUAAGGUUACGAGUUGUCUUUUUUUCGCACUAGUACCAUCGGUGAACUCCAACCACUUGUGGAAGAUUCGAUAGUUCCUUAUUUUAUUAUCUUGUCUACUUCUUGGUUGAUGAUUUGUAACAUUGUGGGGUUAGCGGGAUGGGCAUUCUUUCUCCAAAUUUAUUUCGUGUUUUAUUAAGUGAGUGCAAGAACGAUUAAAAUGAUUGCAAGAAGUCGGUUUAGAUGGGAAAGACAUACUAAAGAACUUAUACUGGAACCACAACGCCAGAAUUAAGAUAUAAUUAGACUUAGGCAAAUAUGCAAAUAAAAAAGUAUGAAAUAUGCGCAUAAAUAUGCAGUAUUUUAUGCAAAAAUAUGCAGUAUUUUAUGCAAAAUAUGCAUAUUUAUCUAGGAAAUAAGCAUGUAGUAAAAAAUAUUUACAAUAUUUUUUUAUUUACAAAAAUACU